AUGGAAUCAAAUCACAAAUCCGGGGAUGGAUUGACCGGCACACAGAAAGAAGCCGCCCUCCGUGCGUUAAUUCAGCGAACGGGAUAUAAUUUGAUCCAGGAAAACGGGCAGAGGAAAUAUGGAGGCCCACCACCUGGCUGGGAUGGCCCUCCGCCAGAGAGGGGGUGUGAGAUCUUUAUUGGGAAACUGCCCCGAGACCUCUUUGAAGAUGAACUUAUACCACUGUGUGAAAAAAUUGGCAAAAUCUACGAAAUGAGAAUGAUGAUGGACUUCAAUGGCAACAACAGAGGCUACGCCUUUGUGACCUUCUCAAAUAAACAAGAGGCGAAGAAUGCAAUAAAGCAACUCAAUAAUUAUGAAAUUAGGAACGGGCGUCUCCUCGGAGUCUGUGCCAGCGUGGACAACUGCCGCCUGUUUGUGGGAGGGAUCCCCAAAACGAAGAAGAGGGAGGAAAUUCUAGCAGAGAUGAAGAAAGUCACAGAUGGAGUUGUGGACGUCAUUGUCUACCCUAGUGCAGCUGAUAAAACGAAAAACCGGGGGUUUGCUUUUGUGGAAUAUGAAAGCCAUCGGGCAGCAGCCAUGGCCAGGAGAAAAUUGCUUCCAGGGAGGAUCCAGCUGUGGGGACACCCUAUCGCCGUUGACUGGGCAGAACCAGAAGUGGAGGUGGAUGAAGACACCAUGUCAUCAGUAAAAAUUCUCUAUGUGAGGAACCUCAUGCUCUCAACCACUGAAGAGACCAUAGAGAAGGAGUUCAACAACAUCAAACCAGGUGCAGUAGAAAGAGUCAAGAAAAUUAGAGACUAUGCCUUUGUGCACUUUAAUAAAAGAGAAGAUGCGGUCGAAGCUAUGAAAGCCUUGAAUGGGAAGGUGCUGGAUGGGUCCCCAAUCGAGGUGACGUUAGCCAAACCCGUCGACAAAGACAGCUACGUCAGAUACACCCGGGGCACAGGCGGCAGAGGUACUGUGCUGCAAGGAGAGUACACCUACGCCUUUGGACACAUGUACGACCCCACCACCGCCUACCUGGGCGCCCCGGUUUUCUACGCACCCCAAGCCUAUGCAGCUAUCCCCAACCUCCACUUCCCUGCCGCCAAGGGGCUCAGCAACAGGAGCAUCAUCCGGCCCCCAUCCAUCCGAGAAAUUUACAUGAAUGUACCUGUAGGGGCUGCGGGAGUUAGAGGACUGGGAGGUCGCGGCUACCUGGCGUACACGGGCCUGGGGCGCGGAUACCAGCUCAAAGGAGAAAAGAGGGGAGAGGAUAAACUCUACGACCUCUUGCCAGGAAUGGAGCUCACCCCAAUGAACCACGUCACGCUAAAGCCCCAAGGGAUCAAACUUGCUCCUCAGGUCUUAGAAGAAAUCUGCCAGAAGAACAACUGGGGACAGCCUGUUUACCAGCUCCACUCUGCCAUCGGCCAAGACCAGAGACAGCUCUUCCUCUACAAAAUCACCAUCCCCGCCCUCGCCAGCCAGAACCCCGCCAUACAUCCCUUCACACCACCCAAGCUCAGCGCCUACGUUGAUGAAGCCAAAACCUACGCAGCAGAAUACACCCUUCAGACACUGGGGAUCCCCACGGAGGGAGCAGAGGUGCCUCCUGCAGCACCAGCUUUUCCAGGAUACACCAUCGCUAACGCUGCUGCGACCGUCACGGCCACGCAGCUCAAGCAAGCGGUGACGAUGGGACAAGAUUUAGCGACGUACGCAGCCUACGAAGCCUACCCCGCCUUUGCAGUUGCUGCCCGCAGCGACGGCUACGGCGCGUUCUAA